AUGGCUGCACUCUUGUUGAGACAUGUUGGCUGUCAUUGCCUCUGUGCCCAUUUUAGUCCUAGGUUCUGUAUCAGAAAUGGAUCUCUUCCCAUGGCAAUAUCCAUUUGCCACUGUGGUACUGGUAUGGCCUUGAGUACAGGGGUCUCCCUUUCUGGCUUGUUGGCCCUCUUGGCUCUGGGGACCUUUCAAUCUCAUUUGGAACUUGUAAAGUUCCUGUGUCUGGGGAGAUCACUUAUCUACACAGCCAAAUCUGCACUUGUCUUCCCUCUCAUGUAUCACACCUGGAAUGGGAUCAAACACUUGGUGUGGGACCUAGGGAAAGGCCUGAAGAUUCCCCAGCUACACCAGUCUGGAGUGGUUGUCUCGGUUCUUACUGGAUUGUCCUUUUCAGGGCUGACAGCCACGUUAAGAGCUGAAGUUCCCAUCACUGGUCUUCCUAUAAAUGAUUCAUUGACCUCUCUUCCUAUGUUACUCCCUUCUCCAGCCAGGGCAAAGUUCUCCUGCUUUAUUCAGAGCCUUUUGAGCUUGCACAUCACCUUGGAGCUCAGUAGCAGUAGAGUAGCUAAUAGGACCAUAGCAGUGGAGAAUGAUCCCGUUUCCCCCUUGUUUCUAAAGAUGGGACGACUCAAAAAUUCUCUUUUCCUGCCCCAGCUUGCAGCCUACUCUGGAUCUAGGAGCCCUCAUUCUCUCUCCAUAUUCGGCAUUGAUUUGCGCUGA